AUGACUGAAAAUUCUGAUAAAGAUAUAUCUCCUAUUGUUUCAUCUGAUACUUUUACUUUAUCUGAUACUCCUACUGCUUCAUCUAAUACCCCUACUACUUUACCCAAUACUCCUGCAAAAAAAACAAGUGGAAAACCGAAAUCUAUCAUAUGGGGAACUCAUAUUAAGCAAGGAAAUCAAAUUUCCAAGGGCCAUUGGAAUGCAACAUGUAACUAUUGUAGCCAGUUCUGGUAUAAAGGUUCUCCUGCUGUUCUCAAAGACCACUUAGGCAAUUUAUGUAAUUAUGUACCACCGGAUGUUUGUGAUCUAUUUCUAAGCCAGUUGGCAUCAAAGGCACUUGAAGUUAAUACAUCAAAUUCGAAGAAAAGAAAGCUUAGCAGUCAGUCAAAUCAGAUGCAGCUUUUGGAUUUUAUUGAAAGUACAAAAUUGACACCAGAACAUAUUAAGGAUAUAAACAGAGCAUUAGUGAAGGCAUUUGUUGUUUGUGGAAUCCCAUUUCGUAUUGUUGAGAACCUAUUUUUUAUCGAAUUACUAAAAACAUUACGCCCAGCAUACGAACCUUCAUUCAAAGAUGUCUUUUCUGGCUGUUACUUGGCACAAGAAACAGCGUUUGUUAAUCAGGAUGUUUGUAAUACAUCAUUUGCAAAUCGUAUGCUUACGUGCUGUAAUACCAUUGUUAGCUAUUUUAAAAGAAAUCACCUUGCAGGAAGCACACUUAGGGUUCUAGCUGAAGAAAAUUCAGUUAAAGAAGGAGGACUUAAGCAGUGGAUAGAUACCCAUUGGCAUACUAUUCUUGUUCGUUUGGAAGCAGCAAUUAAGAGACUUCUGGAGAAUGAUUAUCAUAGUUUUCGUCAACAAGUGAUUACAAUAUUUAAUAGAAGAUUUGCAGAGUUUGAUGAUGAUGCAUAUAUUUUAUGCUUUUUUUUUACAUCCUGGAUAUACUG